AUGCCGAUAUGGGAUCCUCUCAUUCCAGUUGAGCGUGUUAUACAGCGCGGCCUCUCACGCCUUCCAGUACCUGUUAGCCACUGGCUCGGUUACCGGCACAAGACCGCACCACCAUCUCGUACAUGGAUUGUCUGUCUUUGGGGGUUUAUAGGCGCCUUCUGCGGGCUUAGCGUCAUUCUCGCCAUCUUUGGCCAUACAGACUACAUGAGGAGUCGCGCUGUACCACCGAUUAUUGCUUCGUUCGGUGCUUCAGCAAUCCUCUGUUACGGCGCUAUCGACGUGCCUUUCUCGCAACCACGCUCCCUAGUUUUCGGUCAUUUCUUCAGUGGCCUAGUUGGCGUCAUCAUAGCAACUAUCUUCCAGUUCGACCUAGAAAAAGAUCCUUAUCCACGACUGCAAUGGCUCGCAGCUGCCUUGGCCACAGCCAUCGCUCUCGUUGUCAUGCAUCUGACCAAGACGACACACCCACCUGCUGGAGCAACAGCGCUUAUGCCAUGUAUUGACCAGCACAUCUGGGCACUGCGGUGGUACUUCUUGCCGGUCUUGCUGUUGUCCUCGACGGUUGUGCUUGUUACGGCAGUGAUGGGGAACAACAUCCAACGGCAAUAUCCGAAGUUUUGGGUUGCACAAGUCCCGCCACCACCGCCACCACCGCCGGCACCGAAGGUCGAGGAGAAGAAGAUCGUAAAGGAGAGCUCCUCCGAUGGAAGUGUGCGAGAUACGCUAGGGGACUUGGAACGAGGACCUCUUUAG